GACUAUUUAAGGGCCGCCGCUGCCCGCGUCCGCUCAGUCCGGCCAGGACGGCCACCGUGAAGCACCUGGGUUGAGAGGGAGCAGCCACGUGAACGCGCACCGCCUGCCUCCCCAGUCCCCGGCCGCGCCUCUGCAGAGGUGGGUGAACGUGGGGCUCCGGAGCCGCUCUCACCGUGUGUCGCCCACCAACACCUCCCUCCCCCACCAUCCAUCCCAGCCCCAGUCCCAUCCAGCCCACCUGGGCAAGACAACCCGGGUGCGAAGGAAAAGCGAUUACUACGGAAGAGCUAGAACGCGGAGAAGGGAAGAGAGGGUCCUCCUGGCAAGGCCGGCGCCAGCCCAGAGUCAGGCACGCGGCGUCGCGCGGCGACACAGGUUGAGGACGCUCUUCACGCCGUCCGAUCUGGCCACCUUUCACGACAGCUUCUAGGACGCUCCCAUUCAGGCCUCGGGGAACUCCUGAAACCAUGACCCAGACCCUCUUCCAAAAGGAAGACCCUCUCAAUCUGGGUGGCGGAUGGUCCUCCUCUGCCCCCUUAGGCACCUGGUCUUCCUGCCGUCGAAGGCGCAGAGGAGCUCCGAUCUACAAGCAACGCUACAGCCAAGGCCGCAAGCCCGGGUAUGAGCCCCCCAGGAAAAAGCCCAAGCACUGGCAUGCCCCGGGCCCUUGGUUCCAGCCCCCGCGAAGGCCCUGCUGGUACCCUAACUGGGGGCGCUGCGGCGGGCCCUGGAGCCCCCCUCCGGGGGUAUUCCAGAAGCCCCCAUGCCCGUUGGAAAUGAUGCGGAUGUUCGGUCUGCACCCGCUCUGCGUCUGCUGCUGCUCCUGCUGGUGCGCGUCCUGGAACCCGGGCUGGGAGGGGCCCCGGGUCAGGAAGAAGCGCUGGGGUCGCCGGGGCCGCGUGCGGCACCCCCCGCGCGGCUGCUUCCGGAGGAGGAGCCCGCCCGUGGAUCUGAGCAUGCUGCUGCGACCCGUGAACCUGUACGGCUGGCGGGCGCCGGGCAUGCGGGCGCCGCGCAACACCACGCAGUUCAUCAUGAAUCAGAUCUACGAGGACAUGCGGCAGCAGCAGAAGCAGGAACGCCAGCAGCGGGCGCAGAGGGCGCAGCGGGCCAGCUCAGGGUCAGCCGGCGACGGCGACGCGCCCCCCAGUGACGGCGAGGAGAACUCGGCGCUGCAGGAAACGUUCUACAGCUACCUGCAGGAUCCCUCUCUAGUCUUGAGUCCUGCACCCGCGCAGGAAAACGAAUCCUCUGCCCCGCAGCUGGUGAAAGAGGAGGAAAAGAUGGAAGAGAUAAAGGAGCAGGAGGAGGAGCAGGAGCAGGAGGAGGAGCAGGAGGAGGAGGAGCAGGAGGAGGAGGAGGAGCAGGAGGAAUGCGUGGAGUGCAAUGCAAAGGAGGUGAAAGAGGAAGAGGCAGAGACAGAGGAUGAAGGUGCACAGGAGGAGGAGGAAGAAGAGGAGGAGGAGGAGGAGGAGGUCGAAGAGGAUGACAGAAAGGAAGAGGGGAAAGAGGAGGAAGAGAGGAGGAUGCAAGAGCAAGGGCCCGAGGAAGGGCAGAGAGGGGAAGAAAUCCACUUGCCUCUGGAGACGCCUUUGUUCACCUUAGUAGAGGCUGAAGAUGAAGGAAAGGACUUUACGAAGUACACGUACCUAAGCCUAGAUCAGAUGGUCCUGGAUGUGCCAGAGGAAAAUCUACUCAUGAUACCAGACAUGGACCAUUCCAUAUCUCCAAGGGAACUGAUCUGAUUGAAAUUAACUAGAGGCUUAAUAAAAUUGCCUUAUUUAAAAGUGAGUUCCACUAAUAAACAUGUCCAUGUAAACUCCUUCUUUGGCCAUUAUGAAAAUAUUUAAACAUCGGUGUGUUGUGUUAUGAGUGUGGG